CUUGAGGCUGAUCCAUAAAAGUCACAACAUUCCUCAACCGCUCAAAUUGCACAUUGGCCUCGUAGACGAUGUUAUAUUCUCCUUUACACCCCCCAGAGAAUGCCAUUAGGCUUCUCAAAUUGCACAAAAUUCGGCCAGCACUACCAGAAAGUCCCAAUAUAUCUCAGCCUGACCAGGAUACCAGCAUCGAAUGCACACUCUUCCACGUUCUUCGAUCGGAGAAGCCAAAAUACAAAGCCCUGAGUUAUGCGUGGGGUAACGACACGGACCCUUUCCCGAUCUGCGUCAACAGCGUCUCUCGCCAUGUCGGGGUGAACUUGAAGAAGGCUCUUGAGCACAUUCGAAGCGAAGAUGAAGACCUGGUUCUAUGGAUUGAUGCUCUUUGCAUUAAUCAGCAAGAUGCUUCUGAAAAAUCAGAGCAAGUCAAGAGAAUGGCAGACAUUUAUCGAAACGCCGUCGAAACUAUUGUUUGGCUUGGACCUGCCAACAUAUCGACCAUGUCUGAUGAUGGCAUGGAAUACCUGGACACGCUUGGCAAAUUCGUUGAAGAGCACGGCCUUCGUAGCCAAAUGCUCGAGAUGGUCUCACUUGCGAGUCACGCUUCGGAGCGUUCUAAUGCCAUUAAAGCACAAGUCACGACGGUCCUCGCACCAUUCGUCAACUUGUGUUGUCGCGACGUGUCUGGGUUUCUCAAAACGUGCCACGCCAUGAGGGAAAUCUCCUUACGGCCUUAUUGGGAACGAGUCUGGAUCUUGCAAGAAUACGCUCUAGCCAGUGCACUCACCAUUCGAUGCGGCACUCGGACAGUUUCUUUCGAGAGAUGCCAUGCAUCCAUUAUGGCUUUAUCAGUAAUAAUGUUCGAGGUCGUCAACAAGCUUUUCGCUAGCCUUACGGAACGAAUGGGCCGCGGAGAGCUUGUUGAUUCGUCUGAACGGCAUGCUUUUGUGCAACUCGGAAACUUAUUUCCAGAUGGCAAUGCGGGUUCAGUACAGGGCAUCCGGAGUCGCUACCAGAGUAGCCCACAGUUGAAGCUCACCUUGCUCAGACUUCUGGCAAGAGCUUUCGUCGAGCGCACUGCUGGAGCUAAAGAACCUAAGGACCGAGUCUUCGCCUUUCUAGGAAUGACAGGCGAGGCUGAAGAGCUGGGUAUCGUGCCGGAUUACACAGAAACGAGGACAUAUCAAGACGUUUAUUCGGAAACAGCACGCGCCAUUGCUUCGAUUGGCCAAGUCGAUGUACUUGCAUUUGCCCAAAAUCGCGGCGAAUCUCAGAAUGACCUCCCAUCUUGGGUUCCAGACUGGAGUCGCUCCCACGACGGCUCUCCAGAGCCUAUUUUACGCCCCUGCGGCCAACUCCCGUGGGAUACGUGUUUCAAUGCCUCGUUUGGCGCUGCCCCAUUUGCUCCACAUCCAUUGUUAACAACCCUGCCGAGGUACCAACUCCCCCUCUACGGGUAUACGAUCGACAGCAUCGAGGUUGUUGGCUCAGCAUGGCAGCCUGGUUACGAUGAAGGUGUGAACGAAGCUACAUCAGGCUUGGGUACAUACUUGAAGGAGAUUGCGGAUCUAUGUGAUAGGUCUGAUAGGAAGUUGGCUGAGAGUGGGGAUGAUUGUUAUGGUAGUAAUGAUGAUGACUACGAAAUUACCGGAAAGAAGCUGAAAGACAAGACCCACUACCUCGAUCACCCGCGUACCACAGCCCGUUACCUCAUCCCCACUGCCGAUAUGCAGCAGUACAGCAUGGGCUUCAUCCAGCGCGCUGACUCAGCCUUUAGUCGUCGCGGCUACAACCAGGCCCUGGGGUUAGAAAAGCACCCAGGAAGAACUCAGUCCGACGAGUUGGGGAGCUACUAUCAAAUGGUCGCGUGGCAACGGAACCGGAGAGCGUAUUUGGGUGAGAAGGGUACGGUGGGUUUAGCACCCGAUUAUUCAGAGUACGGAGAUAGAGUAGUUGUGUUUUGUGGGGGAAGGUAUGCAUAUGUUUUAAGGAAGAGAAAUAAAUGCAGAACGGAUAGGUGUGACGCUGAAAUAGGGUGCGAAGUUCAUGGUGGAAUGAAGGAUAACGAAGGAGUAUUUUGGGCCGUCGUAGGUGAGGCAUAUGCCCACGGGUUCAUGUAUGGAGAAUAUUUUAGGAAGGAGAGGAUGGUGGAGGAAUUCAUACUUGUGUAAAUGGAUAGGCGGAGGUCAUCUAUUUCUGAAAGGGAACAGUUCAAAGAUUCAAUUUAGUCCCCUAUUCGCUCCCCGCUG